AUGGCAAGCGACAAGGCCCUGUACAAGCUGAUGGUGCUGGGAGAUAGAGAUGUUGGGAAGACGGCCUUGGUCAUACAGUUAUGCUUACAACAUUUCGUUGAGACUCACGUUCCCACUAUCGAGGACUCGUACAGAAAACAAGUUGAGAUAGAUGGGCAACCUUGCAUGCUACAAGUUCUCGAUACUGGUGACCUGGAAAUGUUAGGGAGUCGACUUGCCCUAUUCCUCUGCUCGAUAGGGGCAGUUGCCGCAGGCCAUUUGUCAAGGACGAACAAGGAAUAUGGACUUAGCAUCCCGCAAGACCAGCAUAAAACCUCUGCAGCCAGGUUCUAUGCCUCGGCAGUUAACCAACUAUACCUAGAUAUCGAUUCGGAUAAUGCAGGGUCAGAUGCUACGCUUGGAGCUUGUCUACUCCUGUGUGUCUACGAGAUAUCAUACACCCAGGAGCGCAGUUGGCUUGGGCAUCUCCAAGGAGCUGCAGGGCUGAUUGACUCCCGGGGGGGUCCUCGGCCGGGACACUACUUGACGCGACUUUUCAGUCUACUCGACAUUUCCGGAUUACCCUUCUCUGGUCGUGCCCCAUCAUUCAAGGGGGCCUAUUGGGCUGGCGACAUAACUAACGGAGGCGAAAUCGUUCGGUGGCCAUACUACGAUUCCAGAGGCGCGGUGGCCGAUCGUACCUCCGCGUUAAUGACCCUGAUAACGGGCCUCUCAGAUUUACGGCCUGGCACGAGCAACUCCGCCACGGCUACUCUCCAAGCCCAGUGGGAUUCCUGCCCGGCAGAGCUACCCGAUAUGAGCAAUGACUGGAGGGUAUUGACUAUUCCGACUCUUAGUGAGUCAGCUAGCUUGGAGAAUGAGGCAUUUUCGAGGACAAGGCUGUGUUUCUACGGAUGCAAGAUAUACAUCUCCCAGAUUUUGCGUCCAGACUAUGCUCUCCCUUCGCAGGACCAGGAGUUAGCUCGAGCUAUUAACGAGAUCUUAGAGAUUGCAGAGAAGACCCCCGAGGGCCAUGGUUUAGAAACCGGCCUUUACUGGGGCCUCUUUAUGGCAGGCGUUGCUAUCUUUAACGACGUCGGUAAGGAGAAAUUUAUCCGGCGGAAGAUGUCAGUGGAUACGGAGGGUAUAUUUCGUGCAGAUCGCCCUCUAGCGGUGUUGGAGAAGCUGUGGGCUAUGCAGCAUAAACACAAUCGACAGUUCGACUGGCGGGGAUGGCUAGAGCUGAGGCCGUUUGUAUUGUUCUGA